ACGAAGACCAUGGUUGGCUGAAUAAGAUGUUAACAAAAAUGACGCGUCCAGUUCGACCAAUCACCAAUAACCCCAUAGUUGAAGUGUUUUCCACUCAAGACACAGGUUGUGAAGAGGACAUCUUCAAAGAUGAUGGCACUGUGUCUGAUACUGGCACUUCUUGUAGAGAUGGCUGCUGCACAAUCCUUGGAAAUGCAUCUUAUUAUGGCCAAUGUUGGAGAGACUGUGACUUUGCACUGCUUCUAUAAAGGCAACCUGGCACUCUACCUUAUGUGGUACAAGCAAACAAUGGGUGACAAUCCUCAACUCUUAUCAACCUUUUCCAAGUAUAACAAGAUUGCAACAUUUUACCAUGAAUUUAAGGGUAACACUCGCUUCUCAGUGCAAAGCGGUGAAGGAAUGAAUCACCUAAAGAUCUCAGACAUGCAACUCUCUGAUUCAGCCACAUAUUACUGUGGGAACUCGUAUGCCAACCAGGUGGAGUUUGGAGCAGGAGUCAUUCUCACUGUGAAAGGUAUAACAUCUGAAUUUACAAACAAAGGAAAUAGUAACUCAUUUUCUGCACUUAUAAUGUUCAGGACCUGUGCAGGAGAACACAGUGUCUAUUGGUUCAGACAUGGCUCUGGAGAAUCCCGUCCAGGAAUCAUUUACACCCAUGGAGACAAGAGUGAUCAGUGUGUGAAGAGCUCUGAGGCUGGGUCUCCUCCACAGAGCUGUGUCUACAACCUCCCCAAGAGGAACCUCAGCCUCUCUGAUGCUGGGACUUACUACUGUGCUGUGGCCUCAUGUGGGGAGAUACUGUUUGGGAACGGGACCAAGCUGGACAUUCAAGGUAGGCCAAAGGGCAGACCCUCUUAUCUUGGUGUACUGCCUGGGUGUAGGAUUGGCUUUCUCGUUAAUCCUGAUCAUUGUCCUUGCUUGCAUCAUGUACAAGAUGAACCAGAGAAAGUGUCUGCAGUGCAGAGGAUCCGUCUCUCUGACACCAUGUCCAGCAGUCUCUUCUACAGAUGCAGGGAACCAAGAUGGAGACAGUCUCCAUUACGUAGCUCUGAAUCUGAGCAACAAGAAGAACAGGUCUAGAAGACAGAGAGGUCACAUGGAGACAGUGGUGUAUGCUGGGAUCAGACAGUAGAACUGGAUGAAUGAAACAGACCAAUGAAUUCUCUUUUUAUCAACUCUCCCUUUAUUAACAUUAUUAUCUGUAUUACUGUAACAUAUAAUUACUGUAGAUACUUGAAUUAAAUGCAUUGCUUCUCUGCCAAACUCAUUUUAAAUGGA